UUUGCUGCACCUAUAAGCUUUACGACGUGAAAUGAAACAUAAAAUAUAGUGAUUAGAAGUACGGGCAAGAGAAAGAGAAGGCCGAUGAAUCUCAUAUGAUUUGACAGAAGUGAUUGAAACAGAAAAGGUGAUGUUUUCAGCAGCGGGAGUAAAAUUGUAAAAUUUCUAUCAAAAUUGAUGACGAAUUAAUCAAAAUGAAGCAAGUGACAAAUACAGGCUGGAACACAUUUUGGUGGAUCCUUGGCUCCCUAUGUAUGCCAUUGACGAUUCCAUUUAUUGUACACAAGGUGAUGUCACAACUACGAUUGAGACGAAAUAGGAACCUUCUUGAGGGCAAAGUUGUUGUGAUAACAGGUGCCUCAUCUGGUUUGGGCGAAGCAUUGGCGCAUACAUUUUACACUGCUGGCUGCAAGAUAGUUUUGGCUGCACGAAGAAAAGAAGAGCUAGAACGUGUUCGGACCGAUUUAUUGGAAAUUCAUUCGCAAAAUGUAACACAUCCUCCCGUUGUGGUGCCAUUGGAUAUUUCCGAUUUAAAAUCAUUACCCGACAAGAUCGCAUACAUUGAACAAACAUUCGGACAUAUAGAUAUUCUAAUAAAUAAUGCUGGAAUCAGUGUUCGUGCCGAUGUUGUUUCGAUGGCCGUCGAUUUGGAUGUACAAGUGAUGCUUGUAAACUAUUUUGGUGCUGUGGCUGUAACAAAAGCCGUUCUUCCCAAGAUGAUUGAGCGCAAACAAGGUCGAAUUGUAUAUGUGAGUAGUAUACAAGGAAAAUUUUCAUUGCCACAUCGUUCAGCUUAUUCGGCAUCAAAACACGCACUCCAAGCAUUCUGUGACUCCUUACGAGCCGAAGUUGCCGAACAUAAUAUUGAAGUGUUGUGUGUCAGCCCUGGAUACAUAAAUACAGCAUUGUCAUUAAAUGCAUUGACUGCAUCAGGACGUGCAUAUGGAAUCACCGAUGCAAAUACAGCAAGUGGUGCCAGUCCAGAGCAUAUAGCCGAUGAAAUUCGCACCGCAAUACUUAGCGAAAAGAAAGAUAUAACAUUGGCUCCGCUUUUGCCGAUUGCAGUACAAUGGUUACGACUUCUUUGUCCAUCACUCUAUUUCUGGGUGAUGGAAAAACGUGCCCGACGAAUGAACUUCAUUCCGUCAAGUGUUACAAUUAUUAAAAAUAAAAUCAAAAUGUUUUUGCUCAUUUUAAUGUUGAUUUUACUGGUUGGGCUACUUGCAAAGUUGGGCCUGCGAUAUAGAGAAGAUAAGCGAGUCAAGUUGGCUCGUGAAGAGAUGCCUGGUAAAGUGGUAGUGUUAACCGGUGCUAAUACACCAUUGGGCGAAGCAUUGGCCAUUUCAUUUUAUGCUGCAGGCGCCAAGUUGGUAUUGGUUGGACCGGAUCAGACGGAUCUCGAGCGUACGAGAACGCAUUUGUUUUCAUUGCGGCCAAAAAAUGUGCCCGUUUAUCAACCUGAAGUGGUCGCAAUGGAUGCAUCGAGCCCAACGGAAUUUUCAGCACAGGAAGUGGUCGCAGAAAUCAUGGAAACAUGCGGUCAAGUAGACAUUCUAAUAAACAAUUCAAUGACUGAGGUGCGUUCCGAUAUACUGUCGACCAACAUUGAAGAGGAUAUUCGCGUGAUGAAUGUUAAUUAUUUUGGCGUGAUUGCAUUCGUUAAGUCAAUGUUGCCAAGUAUGGUCGCAAGAAAAUCGGGAAAAGUUGUUUUUGUGAAUAAUGUAGCAGGUAAAAUAGCAAUACCAUUUCGUUCAUCAUUUGCUGCUGCUGAACAUGCCCUUCAAGCAUUCGCCGACACUCUACGCGCUGAAAUGGCUCUGUACAAAGUUGACGUACUCGUUUCUAAUCCCGAAUACUAUGCAACUGAAGCAGUUGAAAAGAAGAGCGCAAAAAAAGUAGCAGAAAAAAAAGAUGGUGAAAAAGCAGCACCAGUGGAUCCAACACAACAAUUAGCCGAUGACAUUCUAUUGGAGGUGUUGAAGGAUAGCGACGAGCAUAUGUACUUUUCGUUUAGAUUUUCUCACUGGUUGAGUGUGUUAGUGCCCGGCUUUUACUACUUUAUGCUGGCAGCACAAAAUUAUCAAACAAAAAAAGAGAAAAUGAUUACGUUGACGAUAUUAUUAGUGCUAGUUCUAGUGAUUGUUCUUUUGUCAAUUCUUCAAAAAAUGUACAAUGAACAUAAAAUUCAAAUCGCAAAACGAAACUUAGCUGGGAAGGUAGUGGUAAUAACAGGCGCCUCAUCUGGUUUGGGCGAAGCAUUUGCACACGAAUUCUAUAUACAUGGUGCGCGUGUUGUUUUAGCCGCGCGUCGUGCUGGUGAACUGGAACGUGUACGUCGAAAUUUGCUGAAUUUCAAAUUACCAAAUGGCGUUCAAUCCAUUCGACCAGAAAUUUUACCACUUGAUUUAUCCGAUAUAAAUCAAUUACCCGAUAAAGCACAUCACAUUUUAAGACAAUGUCUGCAUGUGGACAUUUUAAUAAACAAUGGUGGUGUCAGUUUGCGAUCAGAUGUGUUGAGUGUCAAACAAAACGUUGAUCAGCACAUUAUGAAUGUAAAUUACUUUGGCGCUAUAGCAUUGACAAAAUCUUUAUUGCCAUCGAUGAUCGAACGAAAAACGGGAAAAAUUGUAUUUGUAAGCAGUAUUGUGGGCCGCUUAGCGAUUCCAUACCGAUCAUCAUAUACGGCAUCAAAACACGCCCUUCAAGCAUUCGCCGAUUGUCUGCGAGCCGAAGUUGCGGCUCAUAAUAUCCAAGUGAUUGUUAGCAGUCCUGGCUAUGUUAAAACGGAGGUGUCACGAAAUGCAUUAACUGGCUAUGGCACUUUGCAUGGAGUGAUGGAUCCCGAAACAGCCGCCGGACAAAAACCCGAUGAAUAUGCAUACGAUGCGGUCAGAGCAAUUUUACGUGAAGAUAAAGAAAUAAUACCUUUGAAAUUCAUACCGGUUAUAUGGCUUCGAGCUCUCUGUCCAACGGUUUUCUUUCAAGUGAUGACACGACGUGCUCGAAAAUUAUCCGCAAGACAUAAUAAUGUCAGCCAAAUUGUCUAAAUAUUCGAUACAUUUAAUAAAACAUCUUCCUUCAAUUCUCAAAAUGUGAAA